GUGGCACAUGCCUGUAAUCUUAGCUACUCAGGAGGCUGAGGAAGAAGAAGUGCUGGAACCCCAGCAGUGAGCUGAGAUCAUGCCAUUGCACUGUGGCCUGGGCAACAAGAGUGAAAAAAAAAAAAAUUGCUUUAUGGAAGAAAGUAAGUAUACACAGGGAGAAAGGGAUCUGAUGACCAAAGCAGGGAAUAAAUGUUUGGAGUCCACGGCAUCCUGAGAACUUCUUGGGAAUAGAGUCUAGGCCCCCAGUGCUGUCACUCUCACCCAUCCUCCUCUACACAUGUGAGAUGUUUCAGGACGCAGUGGCUUUUAAGGAUGUGGCUGUGAACUUCACCCAGGAGGAGUGGGCUUUGCUGGAUAUUUCCCAGAGGAAACUCUACAGGGAAGUGAUGCUGGAAACUUUCAGGAACCUGACCUCUAUAGGAAAAAGUUGGAAAGACAAGAACAUUGAAUAUGAGUACCAAAACCCCAGGAGAAACUUCAGGAGUGUCAUAGAAGAGAAAGUCAAUGAAAUUAAAGAUGACAGUCAUUGUGGAGAAACUUUUACCCCGGUUCCAGAUGACAGGCUGAACUUCCAGGAGAAGAAAGCUUCUCCUGAAUUAAAAUCAUGUGACAGCUUUGUGUGUGGAGAAGUUGUCCUAGGUAACUCAUCUUUUAAUAUGAAAAUCAGAGGUGACACUGGACACAAGGCAUAUGAAUAUCAGGAAUAUGGACCAAAGCCAUGUAAGUGUCAACAACCUAAAAAAGUCUUCAGAUAUCGCCCCUCCUUUAGAACACAAGAAAGGGAUCACACUGGAGAGAAACCCAAUGCUUGUAAAGAAUGUGGAAAAACCUUUAUUUCCCAUCCAAGCAUUCAAAGACACAUGGUAAUGCACAGUGGGGAUGGACCUUAUAAAUGUAAGUUUUGUGGGAAAGCUUUCCAUUGUCUCAGAUUAUAUCUUAUCCAUGAAAUAACUCACACUGGAGAGAAACCAUAUGAAUGUAAACAAUGUGGUAAAUCCUUUAGUUAUUCUGCUACCCUUCGAAUACAUGAAAGAACUCACGCUGGAGAAAAGACUUAUGAAUAUCAGGAAUGUGGGAAAGCAUUUCAUAGUCCCAGAUCCUGUCGUAGACAUGAAAGGAGUCACACGGGAGAGAAGGCUUAUCAAUGUAAGGAAUGUGGAAAAGCAUUCACGUGUCCCCGUUAUGUUCGUAUACAUGAAAGGACCCACUCUAGGAAAAAACUUUAUGAAUGUAAGCAGUGUGGGAAAGCAUUAUCCUCUCUUACAAGUUUUCAGAUACACAUAAGAUUGCACUCUGGAGAAAGACCUUAUGAAUGUAAGAUAUGUGGAAAAGGCUUUUGUUCUGUCAAUUCAUUUCAAAGACAUGAAAAAAUUCACAGUGGAAAGAAACCCUAUAAAUGCAAGCAAUGUGGUAAAGCCUUCCCUCAUUCCAGUUCCCUUCGAUAUCAUGAAAGGACUCACACUGGAGAGAAACCCUAUGAGUGUAAGCAAUGUGGGAAAGCCUUCAGAUCUGCCUCACACCUUCGAGUGCAUAGUAGGACUCACACUGGAGAGAAGCCCUAUGAAUGUAAGGAAUGUGGGAAAGCCUUCAGAUAUGUGAAUAACCUUCAAAGUCAUGAAAGAACACAAACACACAUAAGAAUACACUCUGGAGAAAGAUGUUAUAAAUGUAAGAUAUGUGGGAAAGGCUUUUAUUGUCCCAAAUCAUUUCAAAGACAUGAAAAAACUCACACUGGAGAGAAACUCUAUGAAGGCAAGCAACAUUCAGUAGGUCCUUCAGUAGUUCCAGUUCCUUUUGAUAUCAUGAAAGGACUCCCACUGGAGAGAAGCCCUAUAAAUGCAAGCAAUGUGGGAAAGCCUUCAGAGCUGCCUCAAUCCUUGGAAUGCAUGGUAGGACUCACCCUGAAGAGAAACCCUAUGAGUGUAAGCAAUGACGGAACGCCUUCAGAUCUGCCCCACACCUUCGAAUGCAUGGUAGGACACACAAUGGAGAGAAACCCUAUGAAUGUAAGGAAUGUGGGAAACCCUUCGGAUCUGCCCAGAACCUUCGAAUUCAUGAAAGGACACAAACACACAUAAGAAUGCACUCUGUAGAAA